UGUCAUUGUCAAAUCAAAUUACAUUAUUUUUUUAGGAAUUUAAGAUUUUACUUUGACGUGAUUUACAUUUUACAUUUUUAAUUGUAUACAGAUUACAUUUUACAAUGAAGAGAAACUUUCCCCAGGAUGAAGAAGACAGUUUUAUGACAAUAUUUAAAUACUACAAAUCAAAUAAACCUCAACCCUCUCUCGAACAAGUUUUACAGUCUGAAUGUAAUGAUGAGGUUAGCAUGAUGCCAAACCAAAAUACGUCUGAGGAUGCUAGAGCAAGUAAUUUGGGUUUACAGAACACGAAAACAUGGAAGAUGUUUGAGUUCAAGAGACAUCCUGGAUUAAUAUUAAUAAGAGACCCAUUCACAAGCUCAGGGCAAAAAUAUUGGAUCAGGAAUUGUUUAGAAGAAUAUCCAAGAAAACCCAAUAAAACUAAUAUCGAUAUAGAAAGGCAUAUCGAGGAUUGGUGGCAGGAAUGUUUGGAAGGUAAUCAGUGUGAUAAGAAACUGCAGAAAAAGUUGCGUUGGACAACACUGGGCUAUCACCACAACUGGGAUACAAAAGUGUACAAUGAAGAAAAUAAAAAUGCUUUUCCUUCAGAGCUCUCUGAGCUAUGUGAUGUUGUAGCAAACCGUCUUGGCUACAGAGACUUCAGAUCAGAAGCUGCCAUAGUUAAUUAUUAUCAUAUGGGCUCCACUCUGUCGGCACACAUAGAUUACUCAGAAUGUGAUUUGGAGGCACCAUUGUUUUCAUUUAGCUUUGGCCAAUCUGCAAUAUUUCUAGUAGGCGGUCACAACAAGUCAAUAAAACCAUCAGCCAUCCUGCUCAACAGUGGAGACAUACUGGUUAUGUCCAAAGAAACUAGGCUAUGCUAUCAUGCAGUACCAAAAAUAUUACCAGCAUCCAAACAACCGUGGAAUGAAGGCUCAACAAGUAUUAUAGAGAAAGGAGUCAAUUUUAAGUUUGUAGAUGAAACCGAGCUAAUAUUAGGAAUGAAAAAAAAUAUAGAAGAUAAAGAAUGGAGCAAGUUUAAUAGUUAUGUUGAAGAGUCAAGAAUAAAUAUUAAUGUUAGACAGGUGUUGAAACAGAAUCAGAAAAGUUUGCUUGAUAGUAACAGUAAUACAUGAUGAGGAAUUGUACAA